AUGAUUUGUCCUCGAAUAAAACACGUCAUUCGGAUAUUCAACAUGACGGCUGAUCUUCCUCUUGUCAGCGUACAAGAAGUCUUAAAUUGCUCCUUUACCGUUUGGUAUCCUCUAUUCAAGAAGCAUUCGUUCAAAAGUGUUAUCCUUAAAUUAACUGAUGAUGUUCUAGCGUAUCUUCGUUCGGAUGAGUUCUAUCUUCCCACUAGUGCCAACAAAGCGAUGGAUGAUAUGCGCAAUAAGAAUGCGGAAACGACAUCGUCAGAUGACGAUGAUAAAGACAAUGAUUGGUCCGACGAUGGUGCGGAUGAAACAAAACAGAUUUCUUUUCCAGAACUCGAACAACAAAUCAAAGAUGUACUUGAAGAGUACGAUGCCGUUUUUCCAAAACUCAACUGGAGCAGUCCAAAGGAUGCUCGAUGGAUGAUUGGUGAUAGUCGAUUGAAGUGCACAAAUUUAGCUGAUAUAUUCUUACUUUUGAAGAGUUCAGAUUUUAUUACUCAUGAUCUUUGCGAACCUUUCAAAUACUGUCACGAUGAGAAUGAAGAUUUACUGUCGACAAUUCAAUAUGCACUUGUACUAAGAAAAUGGUCUGCGUUACAGCCAUCGAAAGAAUUUCGUUGUUUUAUCAAAAAUAAUCAAAUUAUUGGUGUUUGUCAACGUGAUAGUGAAAAUUAUUACGAUUAUAUCGACAAAGCUGCGGAUGAAAUUCUCAAUGGUCUCACCGAAUUUUUCAACAUGACUAUCAAAGAUAAAUUUCCAUCCGCUGACUUUGUUGUUGAUAUAUACCGUAAAGAUUCGAAUAAACUAUACAUUAUUGAUUUCAAUCCAUGGGGUCCGAUGACGGACAGCUUGCUAUUUGAAUGGCCAGAAUUGUUAACUCUAUCAACACAGAGCAACCUUGAAAAACCAGAUUUUCGAUUUAUCAAUGCACAAAAUGGUAUUCGACCAAAUAGUUACACACAAUAUGCUAUGCCUAAAGAUAUCGCUGACAUAUCUCGAGAGCGUGAUAUCAAUAAAUUAGCAGAUGUUUUAUCGAGUCAAAUACGCGUACAAAAUAAUGGCGCUGAUAGUGACAAUGAAGAUAAGAGUUGA